CUCAACGAAGUAGAAACACCCACCAUUGUCUCCAAUUUGCCAAAAAUAUGCCAACCAUUUUCUUGAUGAUUUUCCUUGUUUACAGCAUCCUAAAUACAUCCCUUUUCUAGUUGGUCCCAAAAAAGCCAAGGACAUACCUUCCCUCCUCUUGUCACCCAUCCAAAACGACCCCUCCACCACCCCGACCACAGCAUUCUCCGGCGGCUCGUAUCCUCCGGAGAAUGGACACGGCCGAGCUCCGUCGGGUUUUCCAAAUGUUCGACAAAAACGGGGACGGCAGGAUCACGAAGAAGGAGCUCAACGACUCGCUGGAGAACAUGGGCAUCUUCAUCCCCGACCCGGAACUGACCCAGAUGAUCGAGAAGAUCGACGUGAACGGAGACGGGUGCGUGGACAUCGACGAGUUCGGGGCGCUGUACCAGUCGAUAAUGGAGGAGAGGGACGAGGAGGAGGACAUGAGGGAGGCGUUCAACGUGUUCGAUCAGAACGGCGACGGGUUCAUCACCGUGGAGGAGCUGAGGUCGGUCCUGGCUUCUCUGGGGAUGAAGCAGGGGAGGACUGUGGAGGAUUGCAAGAGGAUGAUCAUGAAGGUGGAUGUGGAUGGAGAUGGGAGGGUCAACUUCAAGGAGUUCAAGCAGAUGAUGAGAGGUGGCGGUUUUGCUGCUUUGGAGAGUUAGAAAAGAACCCAAAAAGACAAAAACAAAAUUUUUCAUUCGGGGGGUUUUGGAAUGAGAUUAAAUUCCUUCCCACGGCGGUGGAAAUUAUGUGUUUUCUACCCCCAUUAUUUUGGGCCCCACGGUGCGUUAAUUACCGAUAUGAACCGUUCAUCUUGUAGGGCUUGCAAAGUAGUAUUCCUAUUCAAAAAAUUAGUUUCACCGGACAUCAGUAGGUGCAUUGAAAUUGAAAUUUUGGUUUAUAAAAUAGUUGGUCAUGAACAAUUUAACUUGAUCGCAUCAGAUCGUUUAUUUUACAACUUUUGAUUGAUUUAUGGAUAUCCGAUCAAGCUAAUUUUUUUGCCGUGAAUAUAUUACAUUAUGGGUCAUACAAGAUGAACGGUUCGGAUUAUAACAAAAAAACGCAUGGUACAAUUCACAAUGGGUUGCGGUGGAAAACUCACUGUUUCAAUCGCCGGCAGAAAGAAUUUAAUCUCUUUUGGUAUUGAUUAGUUUGUGAGUAAAUUUUUCGGCAUCAGAAAUCGGACGCAGAAAGUGCGAACGGGUCACGGAUGACCUGGUUGUUUUCGAAGUGCGUUUUACCGGCGCGACUUUUAAAAAUCGUGGCUAUCCAUGGAGAUUCUGUGACGGAUUUUGUGGUUUUGUUUAUGUAUCCGUAGAAUUGUUGCUAGUUUAUUGGUUUGUAAAUACUGUUCUACGGAAAAGGUCACUUCGUGGUGAUCAAAAUGCGAUCGACCGCCACCAUCGUUUGGCGUUUCGUUUGUUUGCGGGAUCGUUGUUCUAAUUGCAACAUUUGCUAAGCAGAUUUUUUGUUUUCAA